CGAAAGUAGGAAAGCGAAACUGUAUCUCAGUGACGCUGACAGAUAUCAUGGAUAAAAGGGUCGUUCUCGUUUACUGUGAUAACAAAUGAUCUAUGUCGAGAGAAGAACAGUUUGGCAGUAGCUGCUAGACAGAGACGUCUGUAGCGAAAGGUCAAAAGUCCUGAAAUUUACAAAAUACACUAACAAGUGGAUCAAAAUGCUUGUUAAAACUUUGAGGUGGCUACUUUGCAGUGCAUUUGUUCUUUCCUCAUUUCUGUUCUCAUCCGAAGUGUCUUCAGAGGAACCAAGUUUUCCAUGUCUAUUAAGACUUUUGGAAGGUGGAAAUUCAGUUUGUGUCUGCAACUCAUCUUAUUGUGACAAAGUGCCUGCACUAGGUAAACUUGCUCCUGGUAUAGUUGCUGUGUAUACAUCAUCACAGGCUGGAGAUCGUCUAAACUAUACAACAAUUAAAGCCACUACAAAUGGUUCCACUCCUGAGCUUGUUUUUGAAGUGUGGAAAAACAGAACGAGGCAAAGUAUCAUUGGCUUUGGUGGAGCAUUCACUGAUGCUGCAGGCAUUAACAUUGCUAGCCUACCAGCAGCAGCACAGCAGAACCUUCUUCAGUCCUACUUCUCUCCCAAUGGUAUUGAAUACAAUAUUGGGCGUGUUCCAAUGGCCAGCUGUGACUUCUCUACCAGGGAAUACUCUUAUGAUGAUGUAGAUGGAGAUCUUGAACUUAGCCACUUUGCUUUGGCUGUUGAAGAUAUAAAAUACAAGAUUCCCCAUAUUCUGCAAGCAAAAGCAAUGAGCCAUAAAGAAGUUCUGAUAUUUGGCUCCCCAUGGAGUGCCCCUGGCUGGAUGAAAACAAACAAAAACAUGACAGGAAAUGGGACACUCAUUGGUCAGCCAGGCAGUGCAUACUACAAGUCCUGGGCCAACUACUUUAUAAGAUUUUUGGAGGAAUACAAGAAACACAAUGUGUCAUUCUGGGGACUUACAGCUCAGAAUGAACCCACGGAUGGCUACAUCUACAAUCACUUUUUUCAAGCUAUGGGAUUUACACCUGAGCAACAGUGAGAUUUUAUCAGGUUGGACCUUGGCCCUGCACUACAUGACAAUGGAUUUGGAGAUCUAAAAUUGAUGAUUCUUGAUGACAAUCGGCUUUUGUUGCCAUACUGGGCAGAAAAGGUAUUCUCCGAUGCUGGUGCUUCAAAGUAUGUGUCUGGAAUAGGUGUCCAUUGGUACAUUGAUGAAUACUCUCCAGUUGUAGCGUUAGACUACACUCAUUUUGAAUUCCCUGAUAAAUUCCUCUUGGCCACAGAAGCAUGUGUCAAAGGAUACCAGCUUGGUGUGUGGGAGCAUGCACAAAUGUAUGCUAGUGAUAUACUUGAUGAUCUGAAUCAUUGGGUGACAGGAUGGACUGACUGGAAUAUGGCAUUAGACACUGGAGGGGGCCCCAACUGGGUCAACAAUUUUGAUAAUAGUCCUAUUAUUGUUAAUGCCUCUGCUGGAGAGUUUUACAAGCAGCCUAUGUUUUAUGCUGUGGGUCAUUUCAGUAAAUUCCUCCCACCUGGUUCUGUGUAUGUUGAGAUGACAUCAUCACUCGCAAAAUCCAGCAUUAAGUCGAUUGCCUUUCUUCGCCCUGAUAACAAAAUGGUGGCUAUUUUCCUCAACAUGGCUGAUGAAGCUAUACCUCUGUCAGUUUAUGAUCCAGAUGUUCAAGGGCUCAUAACUCUGAGUCUACCAGCUUUUUCAAUAAAAACUCUUAGUCAUGGGGUCAAGCCUGUAUUCCAAGAAGCUAUUCCAGUGACUCUGUUGUGUGUGUUUGCAAUUCCACCUACUGUGACAUGGUUCAGAAUGUUCCCAGCUUGAUGCUCGGCAUUGCUGCCAUUUAUACAUCAUCAAGAGGAGGCGAGGGAUUGAACCUUUCUUCUGGCAAGAUGUCCAAUACAACCAGUUACUCGUUGGUGCUAGAAAUAGUCAGAAACAGCACAAGACAGACAAUCAAUGGGUUUGGAGGAGCGUUCACUGAUGCUGCAGGAAUUAACAUUGCCAGCCUACCAUUGGCAGCACAAGAAAAUCUUUUGCAGUCAUACUAUUCUAC